UUUCCGUGCGCUCUGUCGGGUCCGCUUUCACACGCUUUCUGCAGCGCUGUCGGCCGCGCCAGUCGGAGUCUAAAGUGCUCAGCUCGUAGUCGGCUACGUAACGUGGCCAAAUCCCCGUUUUAUCGGACGAAGCCCCGAUAUUUUGUAUACGAAGUCCACCGCGGAGUAUGGUUGGCAUCCCGGGCACUUUUCAAUACAUAUGUGGCCACUUGGACGUCGGGAUAGUUUUCCACUUUCAUUUCAGAUGUGGCUCAGCUGUGAUGUGUGUUGAGAACACCUGGCUGUAAGGAGAGACAGUAUGUGUGUGAGUGUGUGUGUGUGAGUGUGUGGCAAUAACACAGCUGCCUCUCUUGCCUAGAGGCCAGCAAGAAACAAAGAUGGAUUAAAGGAUAAAUCACAGACAGUGGAGAGAAGAAGGUUCCUGCCAUGCCCGGUUCUCCAGUGGAUGUAAAGACUCAUUCCAGACCGGCAAUAUCCGCCAUGCCCCCUCUUCCUUCAGUUAACCCCAGUGGGCCACGGCCCGCGGCCUUUUCUUCCACAGCAUUGACCAAUGGAAUGAACCAUUCCCCUCCCACCCUCAAUGCUGUUCCUUCACCACCCCAGCGCUACAGCAAUGGACCCUCCUCUUCCUCUUCCUCCUCACUGGCCAAUCAGCAGCUUCCGGCAACAUGUGGCGCUAGACAGCUUAGCAAACUAAAGCGCUUUCUCACCACACUGCAACAGUUCGGCAACGACAUCUCGCCUGAGAUUGGAGAGAGUGUGCGGAGCUUAGUCCUUGCUUUGGUGAAUUCGACUGUCACUAUAGAAGAGUUUCAUUCCAGACUACAGGAGGCUACAAACUUCCCUUUGAGGCCAUUUGUUAUACCUUUCUUGAAGGCGAACCUACCACUGCUUCAACGGGAGCUGCUGCAGUGUGCACGGGCGGCCAAGCAAACCCCAGCCCAGUACCUGUCCCAGCACGAGCACCUGCUGCUCAGCACGGCUGCACCCUCGCCUGCCGACUCCACCGAGCUGCUGCUAGAGCCCAGCGACAGCAAAAGGCACAGUCCUAACAGAGGCAAGGAGAAUGGCUUCCACGAGCGACCGCCGGCGCCUCUGGAGCCUCCAGCCAAGCGCAUCUGCACCAUCAGCCCCGCCCCCAGACACAGCCCUGCCCACCCCAUUCCGCUGCCCGCCCAGAUUCACCCAACCCCGCCCCCUCUCCAGCACUACGCUCUGGACGACAUUGCCACGCCUCACCUGUACAGAGAGCCCCACCGAGUACUGGAGCUCCGGGACCUGAAGGAGAGAGCACGGCUACCAGGCGGUAACGGAGGCUACCCUGAGGAGCCAGUGGAGCACAGACUGACCGACAGAGAGUGGGCCGAUGAGUGGAGACACUUGGAUCAUGUGCUGAACUGCAUCGUGGAUAUGGUGGAGAAGACGCGCCGCUCCGUCAACGCCCUGCGCCGCUGCCAGGAGUCAGACCGCGAUGAGCUCAACUACUGGCGCCGCCGCUCCAGCCAGCAGGAGGGCACACGCAAAAGUCUCCCAGCUGCCGCCGGCCCCGCCCCCAGCCCUGCCGGCCCCGCCCCCUUCCCCAAGCCCCACAGCCCCCUCGCCAGCGAAGGGCUCGGCCCCGACCCUCAGCGGGAAAUCUCUCUGCAUGCCGGCUCUGGCUACGUGCCUGAUGAGAUCUGGAGGAAAGCUGAAGAAGCAGUGAAUGAGGUGAAGCGGCAGGCAAUGGACGAGGUGCAGAAGGCAGUAGCUGAGGCCGAGCAGAAGGCCUUCGAGAUGAUCGCGGCAGAGAGAGCCAAGAUGGAGAAAACUCUGGCCGAAGCAAAGAAGAAGGCCACAGAGGAUGCCAUCCAGGUCAUCAAUGAACAGGAGGACUCUAGCGAGUGCUGUUGGAACUGUGGCCGGAAGGCCAGCGAGACAUGUAGUGGGUGCAGCGUGGCGCGCUAUUGCGGUUCCUUCUGCCAGCACAAGGACUGGGAGCGCCACCACCUCAUCUGCAGCCCGGGCCUACAGACACAGCCCAAGGCCAGCUCCGCCCUCGGCGCCCGCAUCCUGGCCAAAGCUCCCGAGGACGGCCCCGCCCACAGCCCCAGCUUGGAGAAGACCUCCAGCACCUCCCGGGCCUCCACACCCCCAACCCCUGCCUCAGCCUCCACCACCCCCGAUGCCAACGGACACUAGAGGAGAGAGAGGGACAGGAAGCAACUAGAUGAAAGCUAUGGGACGACUGAUCGGCAGGAAGUCGAAUACGAUGCGUCGGACAACACAGGAAGGAAAAUCAACCAACACAAACACAAGCAAUUAGAAAUCAUGUGAUUGGGCUGGAGGAUGCUUUGCCUAGCGCGCUCAUCGUUUUGACAAGAAGACAGUUCGGAGUGUUGAGUUCCUCAACUUGUUUUCAUUAAAGAAAGCAAACAAAAUGAAAAAUAGCUUUUUUUUUGUGCCAUUUAUGUUUGCACCCUUCGUGUUAUUUAUAACAUUGUGUUUUUCAGUUAAAGAACACGAACUUUUUUGAAAAGACAUUUAGUGGCAGCUGUGUCUCCUUACAGCCUCUGUACUGGCGUUGCUCAUUCUCUCCCCGCAAAUAUCGUUGUCAGUCAUUUUUCUGAGUGUGCAUGUGUGCACUUCCAUGAAUGUUUCCAAUGCAUGUAUUAGGAGUGUCUGUACUUUGUACAAUAUCCGAGCAGUAGAGAGGGGCCAGGAUUUGAAUGUCACCAAAGUUGCAAUCCGGAGGAGUUACAUGUGUGUAUAUUUUGAAUCGUUACUCCAUGGACCUAGAAUGAGGACCCACUUUUUGUGUCCAACUAUAAGAAGUUAAAAAGGCGCAAGCGGAAUGCGGACAGAACAGGACAGUGGAACGACAGCGACCCUGCAUGGACCUGUUUUUAAUGUGUUGAGCAUGGCUACCAAAACCCUGAUCUAGAUGGACCAGCCUGCAUCAGGACACUGACCUGUGUUGAGCAGAGUAUAACCUCCAAACAAAACAAUGUGAAUAUAAAAUUGCCACAGAUGUGUCAUAGGGUGCUUUAUGUACUGCCCUUUGGGCUUGACCCUACAACUAUCUGAUCUUACAGCCACUGUAAGAAAAAAUAAUAACCCUGACAUGAUUUUGAGGGUUUUUUGUGAAAAUAACUUCCAGCUGCAGAGAAGUGUUACCAAGAGCCAAAGUACGCCAUUGUGUGCUCCAAGUCUACUUUAACUGUCUAAAAUUUAAUUACUGUGUCUCAAAUUUGCACCAAAGCUACAAGCUGGCUCAGAUGGUAAACAGUUCCAGUAUAGCCACUGAAAACGAAAUUUUAACAGUUACCUCAACAUAUCUAAUGGAACAUAUUUUCAAAAUUCUCAGACUAACUUGCUGGGGGGGUUGAGUAUUACUCGAUUUGGUGGUUGUCUUUCCACAAACCUUGUAACAUUACUAAAACUGGUUCAAAACUAUGGUACAGUUUAUACUUUAGCAAGUUCACCAUGAUUACAAUUUUGGGUUUUAUUUGCUUCCACAAAGUAUUUUCACAAAUAACCAUUCGAUAUUCUGCUCAAUGCAGUGGCUGAAGAUCUAAGAUGGGUAGUGUCAGAAACUAGUUGAUUUUGACAUGGUAAUAAUUAUACAAAAUGUCAUAUCUUAAAUAAUAUCUUAAUUGACUGAUUAAGCACAUAAAGGACAUUAUGUAAUAUGGCCCAUCAGUGCCAGGUUUACGUAUAGCUCUGUCAAACUGUUUUCUGGUGUUGCCUGUAGGUGUUGCAACUCAACCUAUUCUGAAUCUCAGGAGCAUAGUGUAUGUAUAGAGGAUUGUUUUGUUGUCUCAGUUAGAAAGGGAAAGGUUUGUGGGUUGUUGUUGUUUUUCAUGUUUAUGUCUUUGAUCAACUACCUUCUUUUCAUGUGAUGUAACAAAGAAUUCCAUUAUUUUUUCAUUUUUAAAUGACUCCUGUAAAAUAUAACUAUGAGAAAAGGAAAUUGUAUUUUGUGAGCCACAUUUCAUUAAAGUCCUUUGGUUUCCUCAUAAGACAAUUAUUGGUAUGAAGUAGGUUACAUGAAAUAAAUAGAUGGAACAGAU